AUGGCAGUAGAGCCAGCGUUCUUUGAUCUUCUUAAUGUGAAUGAUACUUACUUUCCAUCUUUCUAUACUAAAGAGAGUCCAAUAAUGGCGGAUAAAAAGGCAAUGAAACAAGUGGAUAUUAGAAAAGAAGAAGAUAAUGAGAAAUUGGUGAAAUUCUAUUCAUCGAAACAUCAGAUGCUGUUGGUUGGUGAAGGAGAUUUCUCUUUCUCUUGGUGCUUAGCUCGCUCUUUUGGCUCUGCCUGUAAGAUUGUUGCUUCCUCUCUUGACUCCUAUGCUGACCUUUACUUAAAUGUUGUGAUCCAGAAAUACAAGAAAGCAAGAUCAAAUUUGGAAGAUUUAGAGAAGUUAGGAGCCUGUAUAUUACAUGGAGUGGAUGUUAAAAAAAUGAAGCAUCACUUUGCUUUGAGGAUGCUGAAGUUCGAUCGGAUUAUAUUCAAUUUUCCUCAUGCAGGUUUUAAUGGAAAAGAAGACAGAGACAUUGUGAUUGAGAAGCAUAAGGAGCUUGUGGGAAACUUCUUUGGGAGCGCGAAUGACAUGCUACAAGCUGAUGGAGAAAUACAUGUAACCCACAAAACAACACCUCCAUUCUGCGACUGGAACAUUUUGGAACUUGCUCGGAGAAAUUCCUUAGAAUUAAUUGAGCGCGUUGAUUUUAAGAUAGGAGACUAUCCAGGUUACAGCAACAAAAGAGGAGCUGGUAAUAGAUGUGAUGAGUCUUUCCCUUUGGGAGAGUGCAGUACUUUCAAAUUCAGAUCCUUCUGUACUGCUAAGAAGACUUACGGAGUAACAAGUAACUCAGGUUCUGCACUCAAAAGAUCUUGGCAACUACAGGGUAAUCGGGUCGAAAUGUUUAAGCGUCAAAGAAUCGCAUUUGAUCGAGGAAUUUCUCAAACAAGUUUCAGCAUGAAUUCAAAAGACUUCUCAGACUACAGCCGGACACCUUUAGCAGUUAAUAUCAGGACAGAAGGUGCCAGUACUUUAGAAACAUGUAGCAGAGCUAUUACUCACUGGGGCAACCCUGUUUCUGAAGUCCCACCGUCCAAUUUUGCGAGUUACGUGGUAAAUUCCCAAGGAAGAUUCAUGCAUGAUCCAUAUAUGUUGCAUGGACUUCAUAGAAUUAAUCAACCCUUUAGCAAUUGGGACUCAUCAUCACAGCAGCGAGAGAUGGUACUCUUAUAUGGUCAGCACCCACAAGGAACAAGUAAGAAGACAAGUUGGUGGAGUCCGAAGAUAGAGUAG